AUGAUAACCACAUUUGCAAAAAUUCCAGCCGACCUCUGCCUCAACGAUUUACUGAUGAAAAUGUCCGGCAGUCGAACGUUUCCACCUCCUUCCCCUCCAUUCCUACUUCUUCCACCUCAGCUGCGACGUCGCGUUUACUUUUGGGCUGGUUUGGCGCCGGUGGAAUGGGAUGAGCUGCCUUGCGUCUUAGACCUCCAUGGCGACUUCGACACCUCACGUCUCGGCUUUCAUGGCUUACUGAUUUCCUGCCGGAAGGUCUAUACGGAAGCAUCUGCACUACUCUACUCUCUUAACAGAUUUGUCAUUCGAAUGCCGCCUCCCAGCCCGUAUGGGAUGUACAUGCCUCAGCGCACAGGACUUGCCCCUCUGCGAGCUCUCACCGAUUCAUCUCUCGCAUCGCUCAGAAACCUCAAGAUCGUUAUCAGUGAGGCAUCGUGUCAUCCUCGGAAGGCCAAGGUCUCCAAGGGUCAGUGUUGCGAUUACGUCGACCCGCGCCUCGACAUUCCGCCGCGCGGCUGCAAAAGCCACGAAAACAUCCCUCACGAUGGCCCACUGGAGGCCGUUGACCCAUUCACGCAAGCAACGCUCGCCGAAUGGCAGUCAACAGCAACGCUUCUGUCUUCACGGGGUGUGAAUCUGGCCAAUCUCGAACUAUCCUUCGUUUGUGACGUCUGCUGCGAAGAACCACAGAUAGCUCGACUUGCAGUCGCGCCGCUCGCGUCCUUGGCUCCACUGAAGGACUGCCACGUCCGGCUAUGCAGAGAGUCUAGCGCCGAGAUCCAGGAAAUAGCACAGAAUGCUGUUUUGAAUGCUCGAGGCAUCUCUCAGAUGCAUAAAGGGAGUUCAAAUUCAGCAGGAAUGGGCCGCAAGGAGAAUGAUAGCAGCGCGUCUCGGCUGCUUGCCCUACCGCGCGAGCUUCGUUUCCGCAUCCUCGAGCACACCGACCUCAUCACGCCAUGGAAAGAGGUCUCGUGGGAUAGAGAUUCAUCUGCAUACUCGGCAAGUCGAAGCGGCUGUUACAACCUGGAGGGCCGAGGCAUUGAGUGUGCACCUGCUGUCCACCACGGGUGCCAAUUCUCCAGAUGUUGGCUGACUUAUCCUGAGCCGUCAAUUGGAUGUUUCUGUCGUCUUGCACACAGCGCUUCGUCGUCUACAUGCAGGUGCUGGGGUGCCCCGAAGGCGUUGUUCCUCAUCUGCCGGACCCUCUACCACGAUGCGCAAGUUGUGUUCUUCUCUGGCAAUCGCUUUGUGGUCCACGAUUUCGACUCUCUGAGCCCUUGGCGUCACCCUCCUUUAUCUGCAAAUGGCGGCUAUCCGAAUCAGCGUUUCGCUAUCUCUAUCUUUUUAAGGGAUGUUGUACCGAAUAAUUGUCCGAGUCUGCUCCGCUUUGUAGAGAUAGUUUUCCCGCCUUACCGCUAUGACAGCUGGCCCAUGGACGACGAUGCCGCUAUGAAGGACUGGGUCAGUUGCAUCGGCUGGAUGAAGCAGAAAAUGAAUGCACAGGCUCUGACAGUGCGCUUAUACAUGGCAGAUACGAGUGACCUGUCGCCACAGGGUGACCGGCGAGUUAUGUGCAAGGGAAACGAACAUGAGGUGCUGAAAGCAUACACGCGCAUCCUGGGCCCCCUGGCCCAGCUUGGAAACGCUGGCCUGGCCAAAUUCUACGCUCACUUCGUAUGGCCAUGGACUUGGAUCUACGAGGUUCAGAGUAGACUGUAUGGGGAAUCAGAGGACGGCCGGCGGUGGCUAGCCGAUAAGGAAGCAGUGCUGAAGGAGCGUGCCGAGCGCUGGGUCAUGGGGGAGAGGUACAAGUCACUGUAUGAGAAUGAUAAGGAGCCGCCAGAGAGCCUCUGGAAGCUCUUUUUUGUUAGAGACUGCUAA